GUAAAAGCAAAUCGUCGUGUGAAAUAUAAGCUGACCCCUGUUUUAGGAGGGAUUUGGCGGUUUUCUACUUCUACAAUUGCGGAAAUUUUACGCUUAGAGGCCUUUGCAUCUAUAAAACUUUCAUCAAAGCUAAUGAGUGGGUGCAUUGACGUAUUUACUUUAUCGUUUCACUCUACAUGGUUUUGAAAGCUUCGUGAACAUGGCCCCGUUUCCUUGGUUGUGGAAUGUUUAAAGUUGUAACGCGUUGAAUGGUUUUAUUUUCGUUUUGUGGAAAAUUAAGUGAAUUUCUCCAUUGCAAGAUUUUCAGCUGCGUUGCUCGAGUUACGUGAAAACUGCUUUCGUCGACAUGGUGGCCUCGUACUCAAUGAACAACGUCUACGAGACGUGAUCAAUGGUAUUCUUAGAGGCCCUGAAUGAACUGAUGAAGGGUCGAUAAAGUUGCCCUCAAGUGGAAGAAAUUAACCCUUGGCUUGAAAAUGGCUAAUGGAACCGUUGAAGCACUAUAUCCUUAUUCGUACGAAGCAGGCGACGGGAGAGUCAUCUCUUUCUCGGCCGGAGAUAGGUUUACGUUACUGAACAAGACAAACGGAGAUUGGUGGCAAGUUAGAAAGGGAAGUGAAAAACCCAUGUACGUUCCUGCCACUUAUAUGAAAGAAAUAACUAUUCCUAUUUACGAAAAUAUCGAAUUUAAAAUUACUUGCCCUCAGAAUGGCGAGGCUGUCGCGAGGACAGAAAAUGGGCAAAGCUCUGAACGGGGAGAUUACAAAAAUGAAUCAAAUGGAGAGACAGCAAUCCACCAAGACAAUGAACUUGAAAAUCACAACAGAAGCGUAAACAUAGGCACUGAAAAUAACGGCGAAGAUACCUGCUAUAUUUUAGAUGAUACAUGCCCUGUUUCAGACGAUUCCAAUGGUGUUGGAAGCGUUCUGUCAAAUGCAAAAUUGUUAGCGAGGUCUCUAGAGAAGGUAAGACUAUUUUACGGUGAUUUAUUUUGUGAUUUGGCUUGUUUGCAUCUGGCGCAGACGUUGCAAUUAAUAUUCUGUGUUGGUAUUGUGUUCGUAUAGAAGUAGCUUUUGUUACCCUGUUGAUAAAUCAAUAGAAUUUGAUACCUAAUACAAAAGGUUUAUAUUCAGAUGCUAGUUGCUGUUAAUUCGAUGUAGGACACGAAGGCUGUUACAUGUACAUGAACGUUGGGGUUAAUUGUUGUUUUGUUUUGUUUAAGUAGUCUACAAUUUUCCUGUGGACAUAAAAGCCAAGAAAUGUCGUACAAAAUUAGUCCUUAUGUUUUAAAGUUCUUUUAAAAAACAACAAAACAAAACAAAAUGUUAUUGAACAAAUCAAUUCUUCGUGUACUGUAAACAGUUGUUUCACCAUGAUGAGAAGGUUGUUGAUCUGGCGAAUAUGUUUUAGAAUCUUGAUGAAAAAUAAAAUUGCCCUCCAUAAUCCUGUAAUUAUUUUAAUAAGCCAGAUUCUUACUCCUUAGUUUUACAGUGAUACAGUAUUGUUUUGCUCUCUUUUGUUAUGAACAUAAUGCAGCUGACAGUUUUGUGUCCCAAGCAUUAGACCAAACGUUACAAACAGUAAACUUGAACUUUGAAAAACUGUUACGCUUACAAUUUUUCAAACACAUUGCAAUCCGUUUGAAUCUUCUUUAAGUUUGUACAUCUGUGCUUCCUUUUGUGUUUACUGUAGUAUUUAUUCCUUCUUUUCAUGUUUUCAGUGAUUUUUUUGCACUGACAGUUUCCACUGUAGGAUUUUUGAUAAAUUUCUUGAGACAGCUCCUGUUAAAUAUGUUAUUAUUAUUAUUAUUAAUUUCUAUUAUUUUACCAAUGCAAUGAUAUCACUGUACUUCUAGGCUGAGCAAAUAAAUGAUGCAAAGAGUAAUAUUAAAUGAAACAUAAUAGAGUUAAGAAUCACACCUGACCAGAGCCAAGUUAGCACUAGUCCGCUGUUAAGUUUACAAAUACAGGAUUGAUAUCAGUGCUGAACAGAAAAGUACAAAAUUUAGUAUGGUUCAGAAUGAUUGGUUUGAAUGUAAUACCUUAUUGGUACCUAAUUUCAGGUUUUUCAUGAUUUAGGAAACAUUGCAAAAUUAAACACCCACGAAUAAAAGGCCCUGUGAAAUUAAACACGCAAAAUGUAUUACCCAUAUAAAAAAUUCAAAUCACAGGAAAAAAUGAAUAACAUUUAAUAACUACAGCAUACACUGUACAGGUUAUUCGUGUCCACAAAUAUCAACAAAACAAUUACAGGCUGGUUUCACUGGUACAUUCCACUCCGUGACUGUGUCUUCUGUUGGGAAAUAAUGUUAAUAUGCGUUUUUCUUGUUUCAUUUUAUCUCGAUAUUUUAAAAAUUGCAGAAGAUUGAAAAAUAAAAUCAAGUUAAGAAUACUUGAGUUGUAAAUUUUAAUGCCCUUUUUCAUAUUUGCUCUUUGAAAUUGCAAAAAUAAAACUCUGUGAAAUACUACUAUCUUGCCAAAAUCGCUAAAUUAAGUUCCCCGCAAAAUUAAGUGCCAAUAAGACAGCUAAUGCAAUCGUUAGGAUGCACUGGUGACAAAUUUAGAUAUUUGGCAGGAUUGUCCUUGGGUUAUUAUUUGUUGAGUGAUACAAUGUAGAUACAGCUGUACAGUGAUAUAACUUGAUGGUAAUCUCAUUCAAUGAGAAAAAAGAAAACAUAAAUUCCAAGUAGCAGACAGUUGUGUCAGAGCUGUGGAAAUGAUCACGAGCGAUAUUAUUAACAUCUUGUAACUUUGAAUAUCUUUGUGUAGAGUGGUGCCCGUCCAGGUGGCAGCUUUUCAAUAACUAAACCUGAACGCCCCAAGUCGUUGUCACUCCCUCCUGGUUGGGUUGUAGUUACUGACGAGGCAAGUGGUCGGCCCUGUUAUAUGAACUCCAAGACAAAUGAAACAAGUUGGAAACCACCAAGAAUAUCACGUGCUAAAACUCCACCACCUAGCCCUGGGGUAAGGAUAUUUAACAGUUAAUGAAUGAAUCUGAGUAUCUUAUGAAGAAUUAUGGAGGUCGAGGAGGGUAUUAUCGGCCUAGGCGGAUAACACCCUCCGAGAUCUCCACAAUCCUUCAUAUGAUACGAAAGCCGAAUUCAAUAACUGUUUUAUUAUUCAUUCAAAAUCAUUCCUAGUUUAACCCAUUCGCCCCUGAACCGCCUGUAACCCCCGCCCGUGCGGAUCCAUGCCCUCUCUACUCUUUGUGAUGUCAUCAGUUUUAACAGUCAAGGACAACUUUGUUCGCUAACUUGUGCAGAGUGAAGAGACCUCUCAAGCCAUACCAGAAUGAGCACAAUUCAGUCAAGGACAUUGGAGAAAGAAGCAAAAAACCACUUGACAUUGACCUGAAAAUCUCCAUGAAAAUCUUGUUCCAUUGCUCACCUACCUUUCCUUUCACCUAAUCCUAAGAUCCUAAAAGAUUUCCUAAAAACUCUUCCCACCAAAAUGAAGCCUACUAAAUGCCCAGCAAGAGAAAAAAAAAAUGAGGCAAGAAAAGCGAAAAAAGAGGGAAGGAGAGAAAGCGAAAAGUAAAAGUCAAGACUGCUGUGUCACUUUUAAACCCAAAAACUAUCUCAAAAUUUUGCUUUCUGCGCAUGCCGAACUUCGCAAGUGGAUAUUUUGCAUCUGGAUCAGAAGGCCGCAAAGUGUACGACCAGUAAACCGGUUUGUGGUAAGUUUUAGCCCUUUAUAGCAUGACAGUGACCUGAAAACCAGUUGACUAGCUUAAAAACGCCUUUUUCGGCAAAAUCUCCAGGAGCGAAUGGGUUAAAAACAUAGCUAAAACAUGGUUACCUCCAUCGAUCCUUCGAUGUUCAGUUCAUCUUCGAUAGUGUACGUUUAGGUUUGUCCAGCUCCGCAAAUAUUCUCCAAAUAGCAGAUGUCGCCCUUCGAGUUGUCUUCUUGCUGUUCUUGCCAUGUUUUUAGCUAUUUUUUCGCCAAGUUCUUACUCUUGAAACGAGUGAAAUGUCUGCCAUUUUUUCAAGUUCACAACCAAAACAACUCGAACUCAUCCCCAGGUCUUCUCGGUUUUUUCUUCUGCAUUUUUGACGUCCUUUCCUUGUUAAAGUCAAAAUUCUUCCAAAUUUGGUUAUCAGUAACUGGUCAUGGUGAAUUAAACGUGUGCUUUUAGCCAAUCAGAAUCGGGGAAAUAUUUUGAAUGAAUAAUAAACUCUGUUUACUAAUACUGAUGUUAAUCCAGUAUAUUGAUUGAUUAAAUUACUUGCAUAAAAAUCAAUGAGUGUGUUGUCUAUGCUUUUCUUAUUACCUGUCAACAAGUUUGUUGUAAUUAUUUGUUUUUUAGUGCAAUCUUUGUUAUGAAAGGUGCAGUUGUUUAUUAUUUUUCAUGUUUAAAGAGUGCAUGGUCACAUAGAUCAUGGUGUAUUAUGUAGAGGAUGAGGUGGUGACUAAUUUACUUAAUGGUAACUAGUGGCCUGUGUUUUUUCUUUCUGUUUGGAUGGAAAAUUAAAGGUCAAAACCCAAAGAGUCAUUGUUUGAUUAACUUCUCUUGUUUGAGUUAAAACAUUGGCAAUGGAAAAUGCUUUGAAAGGAUGGUUCAGUUCAUGGAAAAACAGUGAUCUUGUUUUUCUGCUAUAAAUGAUCCUAGUUUGCAGUGCAACGUAUAUUCUUGAACUAUAUAUGUAUGUUAAUGUCUCGUUUUAUGAUGUUAAUUUUGUAGUGGCAGACACCUCCCUUAGGAUGGCGGAUAUCACGUAGCAGUUCUACCGAUGAACUGGUUUAUGUCAAUGAAUACAAUGAUGAAGAAGUAAGUAUCUUAACUUAAUAGAGUGGUAUUCUUUAAAAAGGUACCUUUAGGCCUUGGUAGUGGUGGUGCAAUAGCAUGCUCAAGGAUCUGAACUGAGUUCAGUGAUUUCAGUGUACUUGGUACUGGAACCUGGGUUGACCUCUAGGUAGCCUGCAAGCAAGUUCUUCAGGGCACUCUGGGGCAGGGCUGGGAAAGGAAGGAGAGUUUACAACUGUGCCUCUGGAAUUUGAAUUCUGCCUCCAGUUCCCCUGUGGCUCCUCCUCGACUGAGCUGUCAGAUUUCUGCCAAUCAGCAGGAAGCAGAAAUGAGCGCGAAUGCAAACAAACAUUGAUGCGACACGCGCUAAGGGUUAUGACGUCAUUACUACACUGUAAUGUCAUCUCCACCAAUCCAUUACAGAACGCGCCUGUAGAUCCGUGUCGCCCGCAAAAUCGCGGGUCCCAUCACUAUUUGCGCGCUCACAAAGGGAGCUGACGCUUGUCGCGUCCUUUGAUACAAGACUCAAGUGUUAGGGUAUUGUUUCCAUGAUACAAAGGUAAUUUAACUUAAGAAAAUCUAUAGAUCGAAGCUUUCGCGCAACUCUCUGUUUUAUAAGGAAAUACAAACGCUCAAAUUGAUUCUUUAUUUUGACUUCAUAACAUAUUUUAACGAUUUAGGCCAGCAGAAUGUAAAGAAUUCCAGGAAAACAAUUCAGGAAGCCGAACGGUUUUGAACUGCGCUAGAAGUUAUUUUUAUCAGUAUGCAAAUCACCUACCUAAUCACUUACUUUCCAUCGAAUUGAAAUAUCCUGACUUUUUUUUUACCACUUUUCGAUUUGAUUCGUUUCAUUUUAUAUUAUUGGCAAGAUUUCCGUAUAACCCCAUACAUUAAUUAUGCAUACGUUCAUUGUUUAAAGAAAACAAAAGGAAAAAAACUUCGAGGAAACGUUGUGUUUACAACCACGGCAAUUUGUAUUCUAUUUCGCUUCACUUACGCUUAUAUGCAAAUUACUGUUCAUCCGCCAGAUUUCGCUGGAGACAAAAAUAUCGAUUUUGAAUUCCCAAAUGCUUGCCUUUUGGGGCACCCCUUUUAUUUUGGCUAUCAAGAUUUUAAAAGCUAAGCUUCAGACUUUUCAUUCCAACGUUUUAAUGCGGGAAAGCUAGGAGAAAUGCUCCAACUGAUUUAAGUCAUGCAACACGCUUUAAGACCACAUAACCUGAUCUUUCUGUUAUCUUUUGUUCUUCUAUUGUUUCCAAAACAAUAACGAUGUUUUACCAAUUUCCACCUACAAAUAAUAGGACACAUUUGAUUGACAGAAAAAUUUGCAUUUACUAACGACGCUUAUCUACAGGCGCGAUUCCGUAAUGCAGCAUUUCACAUUGGCUUUUUUGAUACAGAUAUUCAAAUUUUAGAGACGUAGUUGCAAGCUCUCCUUCCUUUUCGUGCCCGCCACCAGAGCACCCCAGACAGCUUGCUCACAAGCUAAGCUCUAGAGUACAAUACUAUCAUGGAAAGAGUGAAUGAAUGUAAUACACUGUGAGGUAAAACCUCAACGUAUGUGAACAAUAAUAUUGUUUAAUACCCAAACUAAUUAUUUUAAAUUACUUAGCUUCCAAGGAAGGAAAAGUUUCACUUUCUUUUUGUUUUGCAAGUCUGAUAAUAACGUUUAAGGACCUUUGGAUACUGACUGCAAUGUGGUUGUGUAUUUUAUUAUGCUGGUACAGUAUUCCACAGUGUAACUUGCAUCUGUCUUUUAGUGGGUGCCUUCAAAAGACAGUGAAGGGCGAGUCUAUUACUACAAACUAAAUGGGGAAGAUUCUCGUUGGGAACUACCUGAGGUAAGAUAACAUACAGUUUUAAUAACAGUUUAACUGAUGCUCAACAAAAGCUCAACCGUUGACUACAGUAUAGUUGCAUUUUUUUGUUUAUUUACAUGAUUAGGUUAUUUUUGACAGUCAAGUGUGCAUUUGUUGCAGCCAUGUUCCAUAAGAAUGACUGUGUUUUAGGCAUGUUCUGGAAGAUUUUCCUAUUACACUGCUGUCUCUUUGUAAGCAAAAGAAAAGAAUAUCCAAUGUAGCCACAAAUAAAGUUUACACAGGUGCAAUAAAAUCCAUUGUCUAACAAACAUAUUGGAAUCUUUCUCCUUAAUGAAAUUUGCACUCUUGAUUUUUUCUGAUAGUAAUUUAUGCCAUAUGCAAUAUGCAGACCAGUUGUAUUCUAGACUUGCUAUUGCCAUCUGUUUAUGCCCAGAAAGUCCUGUAUGUAGCAAUUUUGUUGGCUGAUCCACUUUUUACAGGAACUUAACCAUGUGCUGUUUGCAUUGUACAGUACUGGAUCUAUUCUUUGUUAUUUGCCUUUGGUAUCUAUAGUUUAAGCUACUCUAUGGUUAAAGUAAAUUAUUGUAGCUCUAUUUAUCAGUCUGUGAUAUAUAUUCUUUGACUGUUGUAUAGUAUAUGCUAGCCUGUUAAAUUAAUGUAAUUAACAAUUAGCACUCUUGGUGUAAAUGCUUCCACUGCAGGUUGAGCCUGCAACACAGCAGUCUUUUGAAGCUCUGGAUGUCACCUAUAGAAGGCGCUCACCAAAUCUCAGUCUUAGAAACUCCAGGUGCUUAUCUUUGCAGACGCGAAGUCCUCGCAACUCUCAAACCAAUAUUACCGCCCCCUUUUCCGCAGCUGCUCAUGGCUAUCCCCCACCCCCCAUGGUGAGUCUAGCUCUUGGUUAGCUUCAUACGUCAUGCUAUUGCUGCAGACGUCUUGCACAGUCCUGCUUUGCGUCUGACAUGUACUUGCACUUUGCACUUGGGAAAUGCAUGUUUGCUCACCUGUAAUAAUUUUUGCUUUAUCUUCCUCUUGUUCCGAUAAUACGCUUUCAUUUGCUUCUUCGUGGUUGUUCUAACCUUUGUGUUCAACAAUGCUCAUCCAUGCAUUCUUGGUGUAAGUUAAAGUUAUUGUAUACAUUGUUUACUGUUUACAUUGGAAUUGUCCUUUGGGUUUUAAGAAAUCCUUUAUUGCUCUUAAAGGCCUGUCAGGUAACACUGUGUUGUAAGAUGGCAGGAAGAAGAAACUUAGGAAUUUAUUAUGAUAAAGUGGUCCUAGAGAUGUUGUUUUAUAGACCUGAAAUUUCAAACCCAGUUUUUCCUUUCUGCAAGACUAUGAAGUCUUGUCUAUCUAUUUAUGUAGUGAAUUAAAUUCCCCUACCAGUCAUUUCUGUAUAUUCACUUUGCACAAUUAAUUAUUUAUGUGUAAUAAAGUUUUUUAAACGUGAUUUGAUUUCUCAACCCACUUAUCACUGGAUGGAUUCCUUAUGUGUUUUGUACAGUAGCAAGUGGUGGAAAUUUCAAAGAGCCCAUGCAGUGCAAAAGGGCACAAGUAAUGAUUUUGGUGUUUUCUAGAUUAGAAAACAGAUAACAAUACCGAAAGUGGAGGUGGCUAGUGGUGGAUAAUUUUCCAAUGCCAACUGAGGUCAAUAAUAUUGUUUUUAGUAUAUACUAAAACAGUGAGUCAGAUAAUUGAGCCUAAAAUGAUGAUUUUUAUCUCAUUGAUUGCCACCAACAAUUACAUUUUUGGUGUGCAUGUGAACAAGCGGCCAUCACGUUUUCUUGCCGAUGAAUAUAAAAACUUUUCAAGGUGGAGACAUUUCUUUAAAAAGAGUUGUAAAUUCUUUCUGUAAAAAAAACACAGUUGAUUUAGUUAUUUAUGAACUUGUUAGCUAAUAAAAGUAAUGCAAGACUGAAUUUGCAUUUGCGAACAAGAAACUUUCACCUGUUUCAUCAAUAAAUUCAGGUUAAACAGACAAAGCUUUACCUGUAAAAACUGCCAAACUGAAUUUCGCCGCCUUCUUUCUGUUUUUCGGGAACAGCUUCUUUUUUUAUUUGUGAACAAACCUGGGGGGCCAGUUGCUCAUAACUUAUGGAAGUUUGGCAUUGCUUGGAGCCUGGAGAUGAAUUAGUGAAUAGCACUGGAUAUCUUGAGUUUCAGUAGCCAAAUAUCAGAGCAUGUGAAAGACACUUUCCACUGUUUUAGUAUAUACUAAGGCAAAAUACCUCUGUGUCAAUGCUUCAGGAACCUUCCACAACAGAGUUUGAUAACUUAACUUCCUGUGUGACAUGGAGCAUGUUAUAUGUACUGUACACGUUAGUGGAAGUUUGAAACCUUUGUAACCUUACUUUCUUGAAAGUGAGGAUUAAUAUUCAUUUGAUGGAAGGAGCAGGAAUGAGCUUUGCUGAUAGGUAAAAACAGACAUGGUACUUCAAGGGUGCAAUAGAAGUGCUAUCCAAUAGCCAGAGGCUAGUAGUAUGUUGUAUGACAUGUUUUUAGUACAAGUUGCCUGAAUAGCAUGCACAUUUGCAAGAAAUAGUAGAAAUUACUUGAAAGGGGGAUUGGUAGGCCAGCUACACAACUACUAUGGACUAGUUAACUUCAGUAACACCCUGCCCAAAGAUGUGGUAUGAUAAUGAUUACUUUGUAUUACAAAGUUUAUUGUUAAGUCCUGUAUAGUUGUGCUAGGUUCUCCCCUGUUAAACCAGUGUUAUUUGUUCGUUACUGCAGUUUCAUGAGAGGUCAGCAUCAGUUCAGUCUAGAGAAAGUGUCUCCUCAGGUGGUGAGGACUCAAAUUGGCCUGCACCACCGACGCCAACUAUAGAUACAUCUAUUAAUUUUGUGAGUACUUACAAGUCAUUUAAUGGGAAGGACUGCUUUAUUGUGUUUAAUUUGAAUGGUCUAGUUUACUCUUUAACAAGCUAUCCAAAACAAAUUGACUUGAUCAAAUGAGCCAACUGUUAUGAUGUUAAUUUUAUUUGGCACAUGUAUACUGCCAGCAUUUAUGCAUUGAGCGAUAUUUGAUACUGGUAAAAUGCAGCUAGUGGUCUAUUAUCAAUGGUGCAUUCUGAUUGGUUGUGCCACUACUAGGCUAUAUUUAACAGUCCACUAGUAGCGAAAAGUGCCGGCUUUUUGGCGGCAAAAAAGGAUUAAAGUCUAGCUUUAACCAGCUAAAGUUGUUUUGUCUCCAUAUUUUUGACCAACUGGUCACCUGGCCUUCGGCCUCAUGGGCUAUUGACUCAGAACCCAUUCGGGCUUGAGGAAUAAUUGUUAAAUAGUCACUGAGUAUGGUACCCAUUAAACAGAAAUGUUUUCCUUUUUCAUGCUUCUUCAAAGUGAUAAAAUAUUAACGGCUGAAUUUUUAAGUGCUGCUGUCUUGUUUUUCCAGUUUCAGGAGGUAGAAAAACAGGGAGUGUUAAAUCGGAAGAAACUCCUUGAAGGAGGUGGAAAGAAAGUAAAGUAAGUGAGCUUUAUGAUCAAACUGCGGUUGGUAGAGAAUGCCAGCUUAAGUCUUAUUUGAGUGUUAUACUUACAAUUACAGAGUUAAUUGAAUGAUAGUUUACCAGUUUUUUCUUGUCCUCAAUUUUGCAGGAAAAUGUCCUGGACUCCUACCUUUGUUAUCCUGUUCUCAUCUAAUCUGGUGUUUUAUAAGGACCAAAAAGCAGCUGCCCAGGUAGGAUGGUAGACAUACUGCUUAAAAACUUGGUGGCACUUUCGAUUGAAAUUACAAAGUUUGUCCUCAGUUUUUGCAAGAUAAGGCCUUAAGGUUGCAGGCAUUUUCCUGGAUAACAAUAAUUCUAACAUUUUUCAGCCAAAAGAAAUGAUUGGAGUUCACACACAGGAACAUCACAAUAAUAUCGCUUCCAACUGACAUUUUUAGCACAUAGACAUUUCCUUUAGCAUGUUAGUGAUGUACCCAAGAUUCAACAUAAUAGUCAUGAGAAUAAAGAGCAGGGUUGUCACUAAGAUUUCAAGUUGCCGGUUAAAUACAACAAGUAGACGGGGAAUCAAACGGCUAGGGAUUUCUUUUGGUUCUAUUUUUCUUCUAUUUUCCAAUAAAAGUAGCCGGGGGUCACUCUCUUAGUAGCUGGGGAAAAUCCCCGGCCCCCGGCUCUUAAUGACAACCCUGAAAUUGUGCUCUGUUUUGUCUCUAAGAAACCUGGCCUUCCCCAUGGUAAACCAGAAAGUACCUGUGUUUUACAAGGUGCAUCAUUAGAAUGGGCUCCAACUACAACAACUAAGAAGAAAAAUGCUUUCCAGGUACAUACACAUUUAAUUAAUUUUACAAACAGUUAAAAUAAUUAUACAAUAAAGAAGCUGUUUUGGUCCCACUCUGGCAUUAUUGUUGGGUUUGGGUUCAGUGCACUAACUUUCUGGUAAGAAAUAAUAACGCGCUUACAGCAGCAUUCAGUCUCGCUUUCUUGGAGAUUAGAUCGAGAAAUGAGGAGGCGAUUAAUUCUACCAGAAACAGGAAUUACUCUCUAAAGGUUUUUUACUUCCUACUUUAUCAAUAUCGAUACUUUUUGUUGGUUUCUUAAUUGAUUUAGUACACGUGUUAGCGAUGACCCAAAAUACGUCUGCUGUCGCAGGCUACACGUGUGUAUAAAUACAUGAAAAUUCAAGGACCUCGAUUCCAGAGAAAUUACAUCAUUGCCAGAGAUCAAAAAAGUGAUUUACAAGGCAGGUCAUUUCAAUCAUCGCCGAAAAUAAAUCGCAUGCUCAUCACAAGACCAUUUGCAAACAAUGAAAGUUUACAACACCUGACCAUCGCAGUUUUGCUAAUUAACAUUCUUAUUUUUAUUUCACCACUCAGUAGUGUUCACUUGUUCCAAAGUAAUCAGUGCUUUCAACUGAUAGAACUCGUGGACCAACAUGUUUCGGAAAAGUUCUAAAUUUAAUCUAUUUCCUAAGCUUUCUUCGCAAAACAUGUGGGGCUUCGAUCACAAAAUGAUUCUUAGUUCCAGUUUCCAUGGUCUCCGCAAGGAAUGCCUGGCACAAUGACCCCCCAUUUGUGUAUAUAGUACAAUGAAAAACCCCAUGGGGUACUUCCAGAAAAAUUGGGUGGGGUGUGCAGCACACUUCCUGAAACCCUUACCCUAUUUCAGACCAAAAUCUGUGAUUUUCUCCACCCUAUUUCAGACCUGAAGCCCUGUAGCCCGGUGCAUGACCGGAGCUUGUGACAAGCUGUUAGAGCAUGUACACGGUUGGCGUAAACAGUAAAAGGGAAAUGAUCUUAUUGCCAAAACUUCAGACCAAAACAGCUAAAAAACCAUACCCUUUGCUGCCACACAAACCUAUAUAGCGUAUAUAAGAGACCUCCCCCCCGCCCCCAGGGCGAAAAACGCAUUGCAGAUUAUUUGCUGCUAUUACGCAAGUGAGGCUAAUAAUUUGCGUACAGGGUAGCCUGAUGACACCUUUUGUUUCCCUGCAAAAUGACAUCUGAGACCGUCUCUUGGUCAGGCAUCACUGUCCUGUUCUAGAGAACAAAAGGGAGUGUGGCUAUUACUAAAAGGAGAGCAGAGGCCUGCAGCGGAGGCCAUGUCUGAAGAAUGACCGUAGAAUUUUCCAUGCUGAUGACUUGUCACUACCCAGUUCUGGGUAAUGCUUCUUAUUGGUUGUGCUGAGGGGGAAAUUUGUUUCAACCAGUCAGAAGCAUUACCCAUAUAUGGAGAGUGACAGACACUGUCAUAAGUAUAGAAUUUCUGUGCUUGUUCCUCAGACGUCAGCAUACCUGCCAACUCUCCUGGUUUUCCCAGGAUUCUCCAAGUUUUUAAAAAAAUCUCCCGGUUUUCCGGUUAGAGCACCAAAUCUCCUGGGAAAUACCUACCGUGGCCUUUCUCAAAAUUAUUCCUUGAAUUUCAUUAUUUUCAAGAUGUCAAAAAGGAAAAUAAAACAGGAAGUGGAUUUAGUGCACUUCUAUUGGAAAACUUAAAACAGAGCAAUCAAGUUGACAUACUAUAUAAUUAACGAGUGAUUGUCGUAAUUGGUCAGAAAUCAACCAAUCAGAUUGAACAAUACAUGGUAGAAAGUUGGCGUGGUUUCUGCGUGCUGUUCUCGUCGUUGUUACGUCGGGAACAUUCGGACGGCCUUCAGGUGAUUUUUGGAGAUUAUUCAGACAUUGUCGAAAAUGACAUUCAUACAAUGCAAAGAUUUCAAGAUGUCUCCAGGUUUCUGUACCCUGGGGGUUGGCAGGUAUGCGUCAGGAAAACCAGCAGUGGCCUUGCAAAAUUUGGGCUGUUUUCUUAAGCCACAAUAUUGGCACAAACUUUCAGUAAAUAAUGUUUCGGCUGAUACCACAGGCAUUACAACUCCGUGCAUUCAAACAGCUUUAAGUAAAGGGGGUAAUUUUGGUCAGGGUUUCUGGAAGGCAUGACAAAAGACUGCAAACAAUUAGUGUUAUUACACAAGCAAAAUGUGGUGGAAUUUACUUCAAUUUCUUUCUGGUUACUGUUAUGAGAGAUCUUGGCUGGAACUUGCUGCUUUGUUUCUGACAUCAGAAGAAAUUAUUGUGUCAAAUUAUGCAGUUUUUACCUGUAGUAUCGAGAAGAAGACCUUUUUAGCUUCCGAAGUUAAAUGGGACUACACUGUUUGUAUGUUGUUUCUGAACUGCUAUAUUGACCUCUUAAUUUUUUUAAAUUUCUUGUUUAAAUAGUAAAUACAUAAGUACACUGUAGAUUCCACCUAUCUGGAGCAGUUGUUAACAGUAUUCUUUUUUGUUUGCUUGUAGAUUCGAGCAGUCUCUGGACUUGUGUUUCUUCUUCAACAUGAGCACCAGAUGGAAGCUAGCAACUGGUUUAAUGCUGUAGCUGGUGUUAUUAAGAGACUGGUAAGUUAGAAGUGCUCCUAUCUCCAUGUUAUUCUGUAUACUGACCUGGUACUUUAACCAUUAAUGGCUCCAUAAGCCUGCUGAUUAAGAGCAAGCCGAGUGAGUUCUAUAAGACAUUUAUGCCCUUUCUGACUGAUAAGCCCAAGGUUAACACAAAUGAGCUCAGCUUAAGUAUCAAUGGGACCAUCUGUAGAGAUCAACGUGUGGUUUCUAAUCACUUGUGUGAAUAUUUUGCUACUGUGGCUGAUGGGAUUGUAGACACCAGUGCGGUUGAUAACAAAGUUCUCGCCACCCACCCUAGUGUCCAGAAUAUUAGGCAGAAGAUGACAGGAUACCAGGGCUUCCAGUUUCAGAAUCUUCAGAGUUUUCAAGUUGAAAAGGCGCUGCAAAACCUCAAUGUAAGGAAGAGUAACCGCCGGGAUGGCAUCCCUCCCAUGGUGCUCAAGCUUGGAGCUACUGAGCUAACAAAUCCAUUGACUUUUUAAUUCAUGUAUAACCCUCGGAGAGUGGCCCUUGGUAUGGAAAAGGGGUGAAUGGACACCCAUUUUAAGAAGGAAGAUCCCCAUGAAAAGGGAAACUACAGACCCAUAACUGUACAAGUUGCUGUAAACAAACUCUUUGAACAAUUACUCAGCAAGCAACUCAGUUAUGGUUUUAGUAACAAACUGUGUGACAAACUAACAGCUUACAGAAAAAACAAUAGCUGUGAGACAGCUCUGUUGUCUUUGACUGAGAAUUGGAAAUUUGCUCUGGAUGAGCAUAACGUUGUGGGUGUUCUCUCCACGGACAUGAGCAAAGCCUUCAAUUCACUUUACCAUCCACUUAAACUUGCAAAACUUAAAGCUUAUGUUGUUGAAGAAAGAAGUCUGCGGUUGAUGGGCUCCUACUUCACAGACCGUUAUAACAGGGUCAAGCUAGCAUCUGUAGUGAGUGAGUGGCAGAGGUGACCAGGGGAUGCCCAAAGGGUUCCGCAUUUGGACCUCUCAUCUGGAACAUCUUCCAAAAUGAUUUGACUUAUAUUGUUGAUGCGAACAUGAAUAUGUAUGUAGAUGACAACCAGUUUUAUGCUGUUAGCAGCACCCUCUCUGAUGUGCAUGAUGAUCUUGCUGUUUGCGCUGAGUCAGCGUCUUCAUGGUACAGAGCUAAUUUACUAAAGGGAAAUUUGGACAAGUACCAGACAAUGGCAUUUGGUUGCGGAAAGGAGUCUAUGGACAGUAUUAUGAUUGACAAUCAUGAAGUCAGAUCCACUGAAUGUCUCAAGCUAUUAGCUGUCUGUAUUGAUAACAAUCAAUCGUUUUGAUGAACAUAUAAGUAGUAUCUCUGAGAAGAGCGCCCAGCGGGUUAGCGUUCUCAUGAGGCUUAGGAACCUUAUACCCACACAAACUAAGUUACAGUUAUAUAAGGCAGCUGUUCUCCCGUAUUUAACCUACUGUCAUCUCAUAUGGCAUUUUUGCUGUGCUAGCGGUUCUAGAUGACUAGGGCAUAUCCAGGAGAGAGCACUUAGGGCUACAUAUUGUGAUAAACAUUCGUCCUAUGGUCAAUUACUAUCUAUGGCCGGGCUAUCUUCUCUACACAACCGGCGACUACAGGACAUAGCUAUUGUCAUGUAUAAAGUUAAAAAUAACGUGCCCAACAUACAUUAGCACUCUCUUUGAACAGCCUGCAAUUAAGUAUAAACUGUGCAAUCAUGACUUCACUAUACCCAGAUUCAACACAGUCUCCUUUGGAAAGCACUCAAUCAGGUAUAUGGGCCCAAAGGUAUGGAGUUCUGUUCGUAGUAAUGUGAAAAAAGCUUCCACGUUGUCCUCCUUCAAGUAUAACAUCAGAAAAGUGGAUCUAGUAUGCUAUUAGAUGACAAUAACUGCUCUAAGUGCUCUCUUUGUAUUUCUUAUUUUUUAUUUCUUUUUUUUUAUAAGAUUAAUGGAUACAUUUGUACAUAUUGUAUAUAGUUCUCCCGAAUUUCUUAUUUGCUUAUACUGUACAUAGUUUUCCUUAAUUUCUUAAUUCUUAUGUUCUUUUUUUUUUCAUUUUUAAUUAAUUAAUUAAUUGAUUUAUUCUUUUUAAAUUUAUUUUUGUGUCCCUACUUAGUGGUUAUACACCGCUAUUACAGUUUUGAAACUUUAAUAAAGGUAUCAUCAUCAUCAUCAUUUUACAAGGGCUCAAUUCAACAAAAUUUUAAAAUGGUUACAAUUAAACUGUACAGCUACAAUUUUAAGGUUUGAAAACAAUAGUGCACUUGUGCUUAAAUUCUUGCUGAAUUGGCCCCAGGAGAAGGUUUCAGAGGCUAAUGGAUAUGUUGCAGUUAAUUUUUUAUUUCAGUUAAUUUUUGUUUUUGCUUUGUUUCAAAUUCAUUAGCAUUACCAUACCCAAAAACAAUGGAAAAAUCUGAAAAAUUACCUGAGAUAAAAAAAUUAACUACAACAGAUAUGUGAGAGAUGUGUCCAUGCUUUGAAAAUGCCAAACUAAAAUUUUCAUACUUUUUAUUUCAGAAUGAUGAGGAGCCAUUUCCAGUUGCAGGCACAGUUCAGUACCAGCAUUCACAAAGUAAUGAUGCAAAAGGUUUCAAAAUAAUGUUUAACCAACUGCCUCGCUUAAGUGGAAAGUGGGUGCCUGGGAUACCCAGGGGCUUCCACUGUGGCCAGCCAGCCCCUAGAUAGAAAAACUGCCCCCAUGGCUGGCAAAUCCCCGCAACCCAGCCAUGAGCCCCCAUUCCAGGCACCCGUCACACUGAUCAAACAGUGGAAGGAAGAAAAAUAGGGAUGGGAGGGGGGGAACACGCUAAAUGAACCGCUCCACAGACCACUGCACAAACGCUCGAUGAACAACUCGCAGAUCCUAGCCGUGUACAAAGCUACCACAAACCAUGUGAGCCUGCACUUAUGGGAUUGACCGCUGGAUGCCCGCUACGCUCUUGGGCCGCUUGACCGCUAAGCUUGUAGACCGCUUGACCACUAAGCUUGUGGACCGCUAGACCGCUUAACUUGUGCACCGCUAAACUCGUGGGGCGCUCAACUGCUAAGCUUGUGAACCGCUUGACCGCUAUGCUUGUGAACUGCUUGACCGCUACGCUUGUGAACCGCUUGACCGCUACGCUUGUGAACCGCUUGACCGCUAAGCUCGUGGUGGUUAACUUAGUUAAAUUACAUUUAACCAAAUUUAACCAACUGCCUGGCUUAAGUGGAAGGUGGGUGCCUGGGAUACCCAGGGGCUUCCACUGUGGCCAGCCAGCCCCUAGAUAGAAAAACUGCCCCCAUGGCUGGCAAAUCCCCGCAACCCAGCCAUGAGCCCCCAUUCCAAGCCGAAGGGACUCUCCGAGCUGACGCAGCCAGAUCGGAGAGGGAAAGAGGGGCUCAGGGCUGGGGGAAGCCCUGGCCCCGAACUACCCAAGUCCCGAGGCACCCUACAAGGACAACUAGGAAAAGAGAAAGAUACGCAAGAAAAUACCUGUCAAGUGAGAAGGCUUGCUACCCCCACGAUAGUACUGACGGGAGUGUGAAUAUAGAUCUGAUACGCAUCGCUGGACCAUCUGCCAAGUGUCUUGAUGAGGUGAUCUGGUAAGCCACGAGAGGCUGCUGAAGUAGCAGCGCCAAUGCGGAAGCUAUGACCGGUGUAGCAACCAGUGACCCCAGCAGCGGAGAAGAUAGACUGAAUACUGGAUGUCAGCCACUGGCGAUAUAGAGGGGUGCCAUCAGAGAGAAGGAAGAGUGGGCCAGGAGUUGAGCCACGGACGUGUAGAUACUGGGUAAGGGCACGUACAGGGCAGAGAUCACGUUUACCAGCACCAAUGUAAAUAUGGCAACCUUGGCGAAAGGGGUCCGUCUUAGAGCACGUAAUAUGAAUCCUGAAGCUGCUAGGAUUGACUAGGGAAUCUGCUUGGACAUCACUGACAGCAAGGUGGAUGUCAGGAUUGAAGGGAGGGUUGACAGUAAACUCACCAGCACGUAAGAAACCAAAAAACCCGAGACAGCAGGCAGCCCAAAGCAUUGUAUGGUUGUAGUCAGAGAAGUUCAAGGACUGGAAGAUAAUGUGCAUCAGCUCGAUUGUGAUGGGUUGGCGCUGACGCCUAUUUGAGCCUUGGUGACGUUUGAUGCCCCGCAACACCCGCUGUAACCGAAGGCAACCAACCAGCGGAGAAGGAUGACCCUCCUCAAUGUGAAGGGACCGGAUUGCUGAAAGGUAAACCUUUAUGGAUGAAUGGUGGAGAGUGUCAGCUAGAUGACAGCAGAAACGGAUGAGCAUGUCUUCACUGGCUGGAAGAGCUGAUCCCGAAGGAGAUAGGCUAUUGUCCUGAGCACAGAAAUCCAAGAAGCGGCGUUGGGCCGAAGCAUAAACUUUCUUAGUAGAGGGGGCAAGACAUUGAGUCAAAUAGAAGUGUCAUUUAUCUGACAGCGAAGUUCCAAGUCCGAGAGGAGCUGCUGCGGAAUCUGGAUUGGAAUGGAAUCUGCAUGAGGGGCUAGCCGGCGAAAGCGCUGAAACUGAAAGCGAGACAGGGAGUCAGCAAUGGGGUUAGACUUCCCUCUAACUGGGGAGGCAGUGAAGGAGAAGGAGUGACGAGCUGCCAACAGGGACAGAUAGCGAACCAAGGACAUGAUGGUAGGGGCUCUUGAAGUGCCAGACCGCAAAAUGUCCACCACUGAGCGGUUAUCUGAUAGGAAGUUGACCCGUUUGGAGGCCCACUGGGGACCCCAGAGGUAAGCUGCCACGACGAUAGGGAAAAGUUCCUUGUACUCAAUAGACUGAGAGACCUGUGAAGGGAGCCAUGCACCUGAAAACCAGUGACCCUGGAAGACUGCUCCAUAACCAAGAGCCCCAGAGGCAUCUGAAGAAACCUCGAAGUCAGGAAUUGGAGCCCACUGGGGGUACUGAAGAAAGCUGCAACCAUUCCAAGACUGGAAAAACUCUUGCCACCAGGCUAGGUCAAGAAAGAACUCUUGAUUGAGACGAAUCGGGUGGUCAUCGCGUCGAAAGGCACAUAGUAGGUUAAUCAUUCGGCGCAAGAAUGAGCGACCUUGGGGUACGACUUUGCAGGCAUGCUGAAGGUGACCUAUUAGGGACUCCAGAUCCUUGCGUUUACACCAACGCUUUUGUGACCAAUCUUCCAACAAGGCAGUUAUCCUAUCAAAUUUGUCCUGGGGAAGGCGUGCCAGCAGAUUAAGAGAGUCCAGUUCAAUGCCCAGGAUGGUUAGGCACGUCGACGGCCCUUCUAGUUUGUCUGGAUGGAGGGGGAUGCCAAGCUUAGAAAAACAGUCAAUUGACCUGUCCAGAUUAUGUUGACAAACAGAGGAGCCGGGAGGGCCAAGAGUGUGGAAGUCAUCAAGGUAAUGCAUCAGGAAGGUGACAUCGUAGUUUUGCUUGGCCACCCACUCCACUAAGUCUGCUAUACAUGUGAAGAUAUAUGGAGCUGACCUGACACCAAAAGGCAGGACCAUAUCAACAUAAAAGGCGCCACGCCAUUUCAUACCCAGCAACUGGCGAUCUUCUGUAUGGACUGGCACAAUACGGUAUGCAUUUUGCACGUCAAAUUUCGCCAUGAGGGAACCCCGCCCCAGCCGCAUUAUGCCUGCAAUAAUGUCAUCUACCUUCAUGUACUGCAGAGAGUAAUCCUCGCCCGCAAUUCCGUCGUUGACACUGUGCCCCGCAGGGCUAGACAGGUCCAGGAUAAGACGCCAUUUGCCGGGUUGGUGGCGUUUGGGGAUGACGCCGAAACGACUCACAUGGAGGACAGGGAGGGGAGGCUGGGAGAAGGGGCCCGGCACCCUGCCUGACUGAACUUCCGACUGCAAGUAAUUGUCAAUGACCUGAGGGUUCAGGAGUGCUGAAGCCAUAUUCCCUGUUGCCGACUUCAGGGAAGUACUGUAAUUGAAACCAAGGUGAAAACCAUCGCGAAGGCCUUGGACCACGUAUGCAACUUUGUCUGGGUUAGGAUGAUGACAGAGUUCAUGCUGGAAUCUAUCCACAUUGAUGGGAGUAAGCUGAGAAACUAGUCUUAAAGGACAAACAGCUGGAGAACACAACGAAGAACUGGAACUUGGCAGACCCUGCUGCUGAGAAGGUAACACAAAAGGAGAACGCAACUCUAACGCUGAAAAAUUACCAUGAGAACCAACGUGAACAGGAACAAAACUAUUUACAGUUGAAUUGGCUAGAGGUUGCCUAGCGACGGUGGAGACCCCCCUUUGACUGAGAAGGGGAGCGGGACCGUUCUCUCCGCGCGGACCGGUGAGGGCAGUGGAUGCGGGGGUGGUCCCCGUGACACGAUUCACAGGAGUGACGAAACCGACAGCGACCAAAGGGCCAGCGACAGCGCCCGUUGUUCCAGGAGUGGCAAUACUGGCUAGACCGGGGAUUGCCUGAAGACCCAAGAGGCUCUGAUAGUGACAAGGGAGAGGAAGUUGAGGAGCCUGAAGCAGUUGAAGUGGUCACUGGAGAUCUGGUGUGAAAGUUGUAGAGGUCUGGGUGCAUGCGAGACCAGUCGGUUGAACCUGAGGCUGCGGCUUCUUUUCGGAAGGCGAUGUCGUAGUGGAGCCACGAUUUGUCAGAAAAGCGCCUUGCUGUCUGGAUGAUGAGUAACUUGUACUGAUUUAAAUCUUUCCAGCGAGAGGGGAAGGUGUGGCAAAGAAUCAUAGAAAAGAUUGUGAAGGCUUCAAUCCAGGUGAUGAUGUCUGCUAUUUCAAUGACCCGUUUCUUCGACCCUGAUACCACCAGUUUUCCCUCCAAAAACGCUUGGGGUUCGAUUUCUUGAGCUCUGAUGUUGUCCGGAAGAAGGUCAGCCAAGUCUACAAAAAGCCCUGCGGUAAUUUUAGAAACAAGCUUAAAGGGGACUGGAGCAUAGCCAGGGCCCACCACAAAUGCUUUGUUGAGAUUUGGAAACGUAGAGGACUCGGUUCCGGUCGCGCCACCACAAGAGCCCCCAACCACUACAGGCAAGUUGGCGGAGGACGUGGCGGGAAGAGAGGAGACUACCGAAGGACCGCCAGAUGAGCUGUACGUUGAAAUAAAUGAGGGCACAACAAGCGUACCUGAAGACUGGGAGGUAGAGCCAGGGGUACUGGAGCUAGAGGAUGCCGGAGACUGCGUAGAAGUCGAAGUCGAGGAGAGAGGAACAGACGCCGCGGCAGUGUUCGAGUUCCCGCCACUUGAAUCUCGAAGGGAAGAUAGCAACGGAGGGAGCGAUUCCGCGAGAGCUCGUGAAAUUGCCUGGGCUAGCGCGUUGGUGUCCGGCAGGGGAACAGGUUGACUUGGCGGAGAAGCCGAGGUGUUAACUGGAGGAGCUGGGGUAGAACCGCUAGAAGAAGGCGAAGACGCGGUAACCGGGGAAGACAUCGUUGACAAGCUGUUGUUCGUGGUACGCAUCCUGAACGAACGUGACGAUCCGCACGCUUUGAAAAUAAAUGAAAGAAAAAAGGAUACAAGAAAAAGCACACUUUAAGACUGACGCUCCAAAGAUCGCUAAAAAAGGCGAAAGACGCUAAAUGAACCGCUCCACAGACCACUGCACAAACGCUCGAUGAACAACUCGCAGAUCCUAGCCGUGUACAAAGCUACCACACACCAUGUGAGCCUGCACUUAUGGGAUUGACCGCUGGAUGCCCGCUACGCUCGUGGGCCGCUUGACCGCUAAGCUUGUAGACCGCUUGACCGCUAAGCUUGUGGACCGCUAGACCGCUUAACUUGUGGACCGCUAAACUCGUGGGCCGCUCAACUGCUAAGCUUGUGAACCGCUUGACCGCUAUGCUUGUGAACUGCUUGACCGCUACGCUUGUGAACCGCUUGACCGCUAAGCUCGUGGUGGUUAACUUAGUUAAAUUACAUUUAACCAAAUUAAAAAUGACAUUUCGACUCAAAUACAGUUUGAGCAGUUGCACAUAGACAAUUCAGUGUACUGUAUUGGGGCGGUCCUACUACCAAAAUCACUAAACUGUAUGCAAGGUUACUGGUUAUUGAUAUUUUGUGCAAUGACAGGGUGUUCCACAUGGUUCUAUCUUGGUGGUUUUAAGACAUAAACUGUGAACUGUUGCUAAAAGGGAAGAAAAGUCACAAGUCCAGACCAUUCUCGAAAUUCAAUCAAAACCGACACUUGAGCUAAACAAAAAAAAACAAAUGUGAACUAUAGUCCUUUUUAAGGGUGCUAACAGUUCAUAGUUGUUUGGUGGUAAGCUGAGGACAACUUAUUAAUUUGGCUUGCACUCACAAUGAGUGCAAACAAUGAAGUAAACCAUUCAGCAUUUUGGGCAGUUCUGAGAUAGUUAAACUUUGACCUUUAGAUUAUAGCUGUGUGUCUGUAGUCUGAAUUUAGUAAGCCCUCUAUUUCGUGUAUUUAGGGGGAGCAGCCUUGUCCCAGUCAGUAUUAUUUUUUACCAUUAUAUUGGCCUUUUUCUUUUUCUUUUCCUCAGUCGUAAUCCAUGCUUCUGUUGUUUGUCAUAAUUUCGUUUUUCUUUUCCACGAUUUCAAGGCCAUGUGCAUCAAUGGUGCCUUUCACAGUUAUGCUCAAAACAAUAAACAAAUUGUACAACAAUUAUACACCUGUCUAAAUGUCGUAUUUCAGAAGGUAACUACAGUUAUCGUUGAAAGAUUUUGGAGCCAUUGAUAAGGGAACUGUGUAAAGACACGUUUAUGAGACUGUGUUCCUCGCAAGAACUUUCACUCUAUAACUUCCUUUCCAGUGACCUGAAUCUGGAAGAAAAUUCACGUUCUGUGUUUUAUCUACUUCUUGUAGGCAUUGAUAAUGAUGAUGUGUUAGUCGAGGACCUUGGUUCACCAACCACUUUGCAACCAGAAGAAAGAUUGACUCGCACUCGUAGUCGAAGAGGAGGUAAAACGAGAGGAAGUCACUAGUAGUUUGCACUGAACUUAGCAUUUUUAAAAAUUGGUUCGUGUAUAAAAACAACUGACACAUUGUUAGUUUUGAUGUAGUUUUGAUAUUGAUGUUAACAACAUUCAAACGUUGAAACGUUGCCUUGGUUUUAUUUACUACUUCUCGUUCAAUUCAACUGUGUAAAAUAGAAAGACACUGAAAGUAAAGUUUAACACUGUCAAGCCUCUCUGCGCGGCCACAUUUUAUAAGUCAUCAUAUCAAGAAUACAUGUGUACCUUAAGCAGUUUUCUGGUAAAAGUGCCGUAUAGUAGUUAACCAUCCAUCGGCGGGUCUAGGUGGCCUGGAGCCCCUCUGAAUGCAGCCGUCAAACCAGAAAAUUAUAAAAUUUAAUGAUUGAUUGCGUUAAAAACUGAACUUAUUAUCCCUGAUUGGUCGUACAUUUACCAGAAAGUAUUGCGUAGCGGCCACAGGAGGUGGCUGUAAACGGGCUGUAAUAGGCAUAAGUUUGGACUGAUCUAAUAACAAAUUUCUGGAACUACCCCUGCCUCAAAAUCUUGUCAUUUUGUGCGGUUCGUUGCUUACAACCAAUUUGAAUGUAUUGGCUAUAGUGGUUUAGGUUGAAAUGGGUUCGUAACCAAUGCCGUCGUUCGCAUUUUUAAUCAAACCACGUUAUUAUUGUCAUUUAAAUGACUUGACAUUGAAUCCAUUUUAAUUUACUUCCUCAGUUAGUGAAAGAGAUGAUAGUAAAAGCGGAAUCAAGGACAGACUGAAAAAGCUGCUUACAAAAAGACCGCCUAUAGAAGAACUGGAAAGAAAAGGAAUAAUAAAAGGUGGGUAACAGUGUUUAGCCUAACCAGAUCAUCAAUCAAACAAGGUGUAAAUUUCUAUUUGUUUUAAUUUCCUCUAUCAUAUUUACUUAAACUGGAUCAUCAUCAUCAUCAUCAUCAUCAUCAUCAUCAUCAUCAUCAUCAUCAUCAUCAUCAUCAUCAUCAUCAUCAUCAUCAUCAUCAUCAUCAUCUUGAUCAUCAUCUUCAUCGUCUUCAUCUUUAUUACAGUAGAAUCCCGGUAACUCGAACUCUGAAGAGAAACGGAAAACAGUUCGAGUUAGCCGGGAAUUCGAGUUAUCGGGGUAAAUUUUAGUGCAAUUUUGUCCAAGGGAAACUGAGGAAAUUUAGUGCGAAUUAUCGGGGAAUUUGAGUUAUCCAAGUUCGUUUUAAUCAAUUAUUAAUUUUUUUGCAGAAAGCGUAUUUGGAUGCCACAUUGCUCACUUGUGUGAAAGGCAAAAUACAUCAGUACCCGUGUUUGUCAGCCAGUGUAUUUCUGCUAUUGAAAAAAGAGGUACGUAGUGAAAGACAUCUACCAUUAUUGUUAGAUACGUGAUGUGGUUCAGCCAUUUUUUAGGUGCCUUGCUGCAGUUCAGUUUAAAGUUUCGUCUGGCGUUUUUGUUACUAUACUUGUUGAAAAUUGUGUUUAAGGUAUUUUUUCUCCCAACGUUUCUUUACGAUCCCAGCCUUUAGUUUUGCCUUUUCCCCAAGACUUCCGUGAAGUUGGAAACAUCUACAGACAGCCUAACUAACCUUAAAAUGUCAGAAGUUAGAAAGUAUCAACACAAACACAAGUGCAGAAAAAGUGAAAAGUCUUUGUAGAUGUUUGUUUGAGAAGAAAAUGUCCAGUUUUGCUGCUUUAGGAAUCACUUUAAAUUAGGUUCCAAAAUUCCACAAGGUCGAAUUUUUGGGACAACGCUCUGGCGCAACCUGACAUGGUUCGUACAAUGUUGAAAAGGUCUUGAAUUUUACUAGUCGUCUUGAAAAGUCCUUGAAUUCGGUUUCGGUCCUUGAAAAGUACUUGAUUUUUUUAUUAGGUCUUAAAAAGCCCUUGAAAUUCACAACCUUGUCUACGCCAGACACCUUUGUCUGUAAAAUUAGAUUAUUUGCCGGAAAAUUUGGCUCAUCCUCGGUGUAAGAACCUGUAAAACUCAGGGAUAACGUGAAAAACGUUUUCUGCAUGAACAGUACAGUCUAACCUCUCCUUACGGACACCUCUGUAAUACGGACACCUCUCUAUUACGGACAGUUCGUUUGGUCCCAGAAAUGCCAAAAAUCAUACCUUCCCUACCUCUAUAAUACGGACACCUCUGUAAAGCAGACAAUUGGUUCUGUCCCUUUGGUGUCCUAUUAAAGAGGUUUGACUGUAUUUUUAUUUCUCGGUUUCUUUAUUUCAAGUGUUGUUUCUUUACCCCAGAUGCAAUUGCAAGUCAUACCCAGUUAUUUUGCCAAGUCUUGCUGUGGAAAGUAGUAUAAAAUUAUGUGAUCAACCAUGGCCGAAGAAGUGAAAGUCGUAAAAGACUCCAUGUCGUGUUUUAGCCAACAGGGUGAUCAGAGGGGGUUAAAAAGUGCCGAUUUAUUAAAUAAAUCUUAGCCCUUGAAAACUGUAAUUUGUCCUUGAAGAAUCCUUGAAAAGUUCUUGAAAUUUGUUUGCCUGAAGUUGUACGAAGCAUGCCUGAGCAUACGUGCGGUGUAAGUUCAAAACCUUCAGCAUGCCACCUCAAAUAUUAUUAAUUUUACGAAGGUUAAUUUAUUAUGCGGUCUUUUCUUGUAGGAUUAUCGUUUGAUGGACUGUACAGAGUAUGUGGAAAUGUGUCGACUGUUCAGAAGAUCAGAAUUUGUAUUGACCAAGGUUAGUUUGUGGACGGUCUUGUACAGAAUGAAAGGCAUCAAUUGAGGCGUGUUUCAAUGUUUUUGUUCAAGAUCGUAAUCUCUCAUUGUUCACUCUCUUUUAGACCAUUGAGAUGACGCAUGAAAUGUUUAAAAGAUAACUUUGCAGUGAAUCUAUCCGCAGCAACUCGUUGUUUUACAACACUUGCCAUUUUAAACAUAUUUUCAUUUUUUUCGUGGUUGUUGUAAUCUUUGUUCUGAACAAAAUUCUUGGUGGGCCGGAAGCUCUUAGAACGGCUCACAGGAUUGGUUCAGAAAACAAUAGAUAGCCCUAACUCAAACAAAACUAACAAUGAAACCCAACUCUGAAACAAUAGAGCUUGGGCCAACAAGAACCUAUCAAGUUGGAGGUUCUAAAGAGGUUCUGGCCAACAGAAACUCUUGGUGUACGUUUAAGUGAUGACAUUGUUUACUGUUUACAUUGGAAUUGUCCUGUCGGAUUUAAGAAUUCCUGCAAUGUUCUUAAAGGCCUGUAAGGUAACUUUGUGUCUUAAGGUAACAGGAAAUAGAAAAGAAUUGGAAAUUGGUUCCAGAAAUGUUAUUUUAUAGAUCGGGGAAUAAACAUUUCAUUACUAAAAAUUCAUUGAGAGAAAGUGAAGUACAAUUAUUUCUGUGGUGUAAUUCAGCGAAGCAUUUCUCCAAAAUGAUUUGCUGUUUAUGACGAGUGAAAUGCUUAAUAACAAUACGAUUCAACAUAUUACGGAGGUGUUAAUCAACCUGUAUUAUUUUGUGCUUGAUUUCACAGAGGAGAAAAUUCAUUUAGGUGAAGCACCUUUUGACGAUGUUCAUGCACUCACUGGAAGCUUAAAGCUUUACUUCAGAGAGCUGCCUGAACCACUUAUUCCUUACGACUUCUUCAGCGGAUUUGUAGAGGCAAUAAGUAAGUUAUAAACAUUGCUUGUUAAUCAGGUUUACUGACUCUCCUCACCAGAGGUAAUCCAAGACAGUCUUGGAUUCUGGAUUCCACGCCGUGAAUUCCAGAUUCAAUGCACUGGAUUCUGGAUUAUUUCCGGAUUCUAAUUGUUAGGGGGAUUCCAGACUCCUUGAGCAGAAUUAUGGAUUCUAAUGCCCAGGAUUCCGGUUUCAAUAAGCACAACCUUUGCCGGAUUCGGAAUUACUUUACACGGGGUAAGGAAUCAGUAAAUCCUUCAUGUAUCUCUCUCUGUAUAUCUCACCAAACGUGUCCUCCCAUCCUCUUCAUGCUGAGUGGCACAUAAGGCUUCUAUUAGGUUCCACAAUCUUGUUUUUCCAAUCAAGAAUUUAACCCCCAACCGUGGGGACCAGGGUGCUGCUUUGCCUGACCCCUCUCCUGUAAACCGAUUAGCUUGUUUGAAUCUGCGAGGGGCAGAGAUUUGUCAAGGGUUUCUUAAGGGCACGCAAUCCUCCCCGUGAAAUCAAGAUACGGCAGUAAACUUAAUUUUACAAUAUACUUUUUCCAGAACAAAGCACCAGGAAGAGCAAAUUAACUGCGAUGAGAUCACUGGCAGUUCAGAUGCCAAAGGUGAACGGUGAAACUCUCAAGUUGCUGCUGCGUCAUUUGCGGAAGUAAGUAUUUUAUUCUCUUCCGUGGCAUAGUAGAUAGAUUCUGAGUGCUGAUGCAGAAAAUGUUGACUAAUAAGACACAACGGGCGUUUACGUGGCUUGCUUACAUUUAGUCAUACAGGCUGCCGCUCAGCGAGUUUCGUGGGACAUCUAUAAACUUACGCUUGGGCGUCUUUCUCUAGCCCGCAGUCAAGUAUCUUUAACUCACAAAAAUGUUGUGUUGUCAACUGAGUUGUUUAGAUAAACUGGCAACCGUAAAGACAUUCAAGAGAUGUCGUUUGCACCGUGUGUUUUGUUGCAAAUUCUUACUGACAGGGUAUCGCAAUGUUUCUAGAGACUAACCCGUUUACUUGUGAAUUUUAAUGCACAUCGCUUAUUGUUACAAGUUCCAUUAGUUUUGCAACGCCAUGGCUCAAAACCUCUUCAUGCUCUUUCAAGGACAGCAUUGUUCAAGGCAGUGGAACACAUGUUUUGAAAGUAGAUCAAGUUAUCUUGGUGGGGUUUCUAAAUUGUGCGAGUAUUUAAAAUGAAUAGAACUCGUUUUGAGGUGAAUCGCUGAAAAGCAGGCACACGUCAGGGCGCGCUCGCGCGUUCUCUUCGUUGCUCGCUUUGCAUACCACUCGAAAUUCGCCACGUAGAAACGAGAAACAAACUGGCCCGAGUUAAGGACUUCUGGGAUCGUUACUAUUUACGCGCCGGUCAGCUAUUGGUUAAUUUUUUCUUUUUCUCCAGUAACAUUCCCAGAAAUCUUUGCGAAAGUUUACUCGGGCCCAGUUUUCCAGCUGUUUCUAAAGUGGCGAAUAGGGAGCUUGAUCGCACAGGCUACCCAAACUAUGGCACAUGCUUUACCCUAACCCAGUCGGAAUUUACUUGCAGGUUGAUGGUUCAGAGUGAGACAAAUCGAAUGAAUGCACAGAAUCUUGCUAUCGUUUGGGGACCAAACCUAAUGUGGCCUCGGCACGACUCCGGAGACAUCGCACUUAACAUGGUUCACCAAAACCAAAUUAUAGAAUUCCUCCUUCUGGAAUUUGAUCUUGUCUUUAAAUAAUCUUUGGUAGGGAAAUAAAAUAAUUAGCUUGUAUUACAUUUUCCAUCGAAAUCGCGUUGUAACGAGUUAGAAACGUACUGUCUUCUCAGUGAGAAAGUAAGUCUCCUCAUUCUUUGUAUAUUAAGUCACCGUUGUUGGUCCUGACAUUAUUUUGCCAUGCUUUAGAAGUGAAAAAUAUUCGUGUACAUAACAUUUGGGAAAAAAUAGGUAUAACAGGUUACAUGGUACUGUGCAUUGGUUGAUUUGAUUUUAAAUGAACAUAAAAAUCUUCGGUAAGUUCUUACUUAGAAUGCGGGGCUACCUUUCUGACCUUCUUUACCGUAAACUGAGUUCAGCCACUGUAGCUCGUCCAAAGACUUACUCCUAAAGUUACGGGGAAGUUUUCCUCCUUGAUGCUAUUUAUCUCUUUUUAAACGUGUUUUCAUCUUCAUCAUUUCCGUUUUUAAGCAAGCGAUUAAGAUUUUUUUCUACAGUGGACUGUCAUUACGGGGCUUCUGUCUGAAAGGGGCACGAUAUUCCUGCAGUUUCGAUAAACACGUUUUGUAAAACGACAUUUGUGCAAAGAGCAUUCCGUGUUUAUUUUUGUGGGUAGAGGAAUGUGUUUAGUCGUUAAAUAACAACGCAGUUGAUUAACCUUUGAGGCUAGAUUUCACCAAAAGAGAAACAUGGCCUGUUAACGAAAAUCUUCAGAAAAUCGUUAUCUUAUUCCCCCUAUUUUGAAGUAAGCACCUCGUCUUCAACCCCUUAUAGUAAAUUUGAAAUAAGCGCCGAGGGGCCGGACCCUAUUUAAGAUGUAUUUUGAAUAUCGUCCCCACAUAAUACUAAACCGUUGUCGAGCAACUAUAUCUUCGUGACCUGCAGCUCGUAAUCAAAAAUUCAGUUUUACAGGUUCUACAUCUGUUAAGGUUAGUUUCAAACCUAGCUAUUGAGUUAUAUUUUUUUAUGGGAGGUGUAGGACAGUCCUGUCCCUGGGCGCUUAUUUGAGGGUUUUCCACGAGUCAUAUCGUGCCAACAUCGUUUACAGAUUUGUGAGAGCAAAACUGAUAUUAUAUAUCCUGAAGUAGAACUGCAGUAGCUAAUAUGCUACUGCAGAACGAACACGAGACCAAUAAUUUGAAGGUCUACAACGAAGAUGUGAAAGUGUAUAGACUGGAGUGAAUAGAACAGUUAUAAAUUUUAAAUAUUUGUUCCGCCGAUUAACAUUUUACAAUGACCAGGUACAGAAAAUAAGAAUAGAGUACCAACAGAGUGUAAUUA